CACACACUAUGAAACGUAUACAUUCGAUAGGAAAGUUUUACGGUAACUUCCUUCUUUCAGGUCUUGAUGCAAUGUACCAGCUGGACCUUUGGACACAGAGGUUGACGCAUUGACCGAACGUCACGUCACAAUUCCCUACCCUUUUUAAAACAGCGAGGGAAGUCAUGGACAGUAGACGCGACAGACCCAACUCCCUAGGAUAUACGUACAUGGCGGUGAUUGUGUACGCUUAUAUUAAAGGUGUCAACACUACGGCAUGUACUGACCAGACUAGUUUGGACAACUUCUAUCACAUUAAACGGAUGUGUGAAAGCGGAACAUUGAAAAACACACGUGUUGUGAUUGACAGUUGGGGUACGGGAGGUCCAGGUACAAACAGCUGUUCCUGUACCGUUACCUUGGAUACAGGAUCAGCGCCAACUACAGCGACAACAACAGUAGUAGUGGAGGAAUAUCCGCGUGUAGCACCAUUACAGAACUGUGGAAGUAUACUUAGCAUAAAUUCUACUAAAUCCAGUAGUUUCACUAAAACUGUUUGUACCUCAAUCCCUUCCAUUUCGACAAUCAAUUUCGGGAUAUCAGACAUGUUGACACUGACGCUGUCACGGGCAGACGUUGCUACAUCGUGGAUAUCAGGACAUUGUAUAUUAAUUACUUUACAAGGGUCUGCAAGCCUUGAGCUGAGUGUGACCUGUAAUGAACCUCAAGGGAAAACUGAUCAAUCUACAAAUAAGACCAUCACUACGACCACGCCUACAACCAUUGAGUACGUACAAACCACUACCGUCCAGCCAUUGACUACAACCACAACCACUGAAUCAAUGGAAGCAACCAGCACUCAGUCAAGGGAGAUAACUACAUACAAUGAUACAAAUACUGGACAGACUACAUCAGGACAGGAGAAAUGUGUUCAAAAAAGUCAUCCACAGGGAUAUCCAUUAAUCGGUGUCGUUGUCCCCAUAGUGGUGACCUUACUGGUGGUAGCGGUGGCCACGGUCGCUAAUGUGAUCCUGUACAAACGGCGUCUUACGAUGGUGAAUGAAUUGAAACAUGGUAUGACCUCACAAGACACCGUCCACUAUGACAGUCUAGACAAAUCAAGUGUGGAACCCACAAAUAUGUAUGAGGAAAUGUCCACCCAACAAACCUACGUCAAUACGGCAAUGGCUACUUGAAUAUAUGGUAGCUUCAUGAUCAGUUAGUAGUUGCUUGCCAUUGCUAAAACAGACUUAGGAAAAGAGAUAUAAAAAUUUUAAGCAUUAAAAUUUUAAAGAAAGUGAGGAAACUACCAAUGAACAUAGACCAAGUUCCAUCUUCUGCAUAGGGGAAUAUUUCAAUCUGUGCAAUUAAGAAACCAUAGCUGAAUAUGUUUUGGGCAAAAGCUGCUUUGAAAACAUGAUAAACAGAUACACAUGAUAAAAUGAUGGUUGACACACUCAGAAUUCCAUACUACAUCUGGAAUGAAGUAUAACAUACGACAAAUAUGAAAGUACGACACUUAAUUGUACAGCGAUGGUGAAUUAGCUCGGGUGCCAAUAGGACCAAAGGAACUGACAGGUCGGAACAUUUCAACAGACAUUACAACAGAAGUGUUUGAACUCUGAUCUUGUUAAACUAGCAUUGCCAAAUAACCGAGACAUGAAAAUGCUAUUUCUUUUAAUACAUAUUAUAUAACACAGGCUAUUUCCGUGCAAUAUCGCCUUUCAAUAAAAACAAUAUAGCACACAAAUAAUAGACAUUGAUUUAUGGCUGUGGCAUGGGCAUUGUGAAAGAAUUAAAUAAUAAACGAACACGACUGUUAGAGUUAAACACAUACAACAACUGCAUGUUUAAAUUCCACCUUAACUUCACUGACACACAUAAUCAAUUGCGACCUAGUGUAACCGGUCAACUUCAUCAGUGUUCCAGUUUCAUGGCGGACUCCACAGUAUAUUAUCUGGUUCAGUGACAGGCGGAAACAUCAAAGUUAAUAUUCAUCAACAAACCUAGGAAGAAACGCGUCCAUGUUAUAGGAAAUGACAGUUCGUGUAAACUAGUAAAAAGUUCCGACUUCGAUCUGUAUUGAGAUGACCUUUACUUUGACAGUGCACGCGCCGUUUUGCCAUAUAUGUGACGUCAUUACUAUUUUCGUAAACGUCAAUCUGUUGAAUGGUUUUAGUAUAAAAAAAAUCAUUAUUCAUGUUGUUAUGAUAAUCAUUAAAACAUUGAUUGAUGAAAAGAAACCUAAAUCAUUGUUGGUUCAUUUGAAUGGUUCUCAUUGAAACGUUUCUGGAACUAUUGUUGUGACGCAGCUAGCUCCAAACAUAAUGCAUGUGGAACGGUUUAUGCUUCUCUUUCUAUCCCGUUGUUGUCUUCAUCUUUGCGCUGAUAUUCUAUA